AUGGCAGCCGCGCCCCCUCCGGCCAGCUGCUCUCCCAACACGACGCCUACCUUCAUGCGCCCAUUUACCCAGCUCCCAUGCUUGGCAGAGCUUCAGUCCGUGCCUUUCCACUCUGCCCCUAAAGAUAACACAGAGCGUCCUCACUUGCGAACACGACGCACCAGCAACGCUCAAUCAACAGCGCAGGAAAGACCUUUCCCCGUGCACAGCGGCCACACCUGCCCCUUCACGUGCUGCCCGCCUUUCCUGGAAGUUAAUAUCUUCGGAGCUGCGGGGCUGAGCGGGGAGGAGGACUCUGGAGGCUGCACCUGCACCGGCUGCGAGAGCGCGUGGAGCGUCGUGGCGGAGGCCUGCACAGCUGCAGGUGAUCCCUGUAGCAUAACCAAUGCUUCGCACUGCGGCCUGAGCGUCCGUGCUUUGCUGGAAAGCAAACCCUGGCUUAAAGAAUGUCUCUGUGCUGGCGACCUCUAUUGUGCUGUGAGCAAAUUUCUUGGACAAAACUGCAUCAACGCCUCAGAAGAAUCGGUGCAGUUCCCUGCCUCGGGGUCAGGAUGGGACCACGCGGGAGCCCCAUCGUCCACGGCGGGAGUGCGGGCGCCCUGUCCCACCGCGGGGCGUGUCUGUGCCCGGCCGCAAGAGAGCUGUAAGGAAGCCUGCAGUGCGCAAGCCCUGUGGUGCCGCGGCCGGGGCGGAGGGCAGCGCGGCCCGGGCGGAGGGCAGCUGUGCAGCACGGCCAGGGACCGUCUGAGCGCGACGCGUCUGUGGGACUGUCUGUGUCCCGACCCGCGGGACACGGGCUGCGCCAGCGUGUGGAAGCGUUUGUUUGAAGACAUUUGCAGCCGGGAGGCCGCGGCCUCGUCCCCUUUGCUCGCAGUUCCAGUGAGCAUCGCGACCGUGUUUAGACGGGAUCACGAUCACGGAAACAACGUGACCUUCACGAGGGCAGAAGGUGCCCUCUGUUUACCGUUCCUCUCUGGAGUCCCCGCACUGGGGCUGGGCCCAGCAAGCCCGCCCCGCGAGGGAGGCGCGGUGUCUUUUCUGGUGUGGGAGCGGAUGGGCGGCCCGCAUCCACUCCCCCGCGCCCAUGGCUGCUCCGUGCUCUGCUCCUGGCGUGGCAGCGAGAGGAGCCACGGUGCUGGGUCUGCGUGCGCCGCGCGCGGCUGGCUGCGUCCGCUCUCCUCGGAGGAGAGCGCGUCCCGCGUUGCCUGGACCCGCUCUCGGGUGGUGGGGAGGGAAGCAGCGGGGGUCUCCUCUUCUGAAGACACCGGUCCCGGCAGGUCUCCUGGCCCCGUGCUGCGUCUGCCCUCGGCCGUCCAUCACGGCUCCUCGGACAGGGCCGUGGGCCCAGCUGCCUCAGGGCUGCCACAGACGGAUGUGUGGCUACAGCCCCAAACUCCAUUCCACACGCUCAACAGUCGGCAUCUCCUGUGGGAGGUGCUGACUGCGCAGCCACUGGAGCGGGCCACGCCGGGGCUGACUGGGGUCUCGGGGUCACUCAGGCUGUGGCGGAGCCGGUCGUGCUGGGACGUGACGCGGGCCUGCCUGGAGGACCUGAGCUGUAACGCGCGCCUGGCUGCCUACCUCGCGGCCUGCCCAGCCCGCGGGGGUCCCUGCGCCCCGAGGCCCUGCCAGGCGGCCACCCGGCGCUUCUACGAGAGCUUGCCUCCCGCCGCGGCCCAGGCGCUGGCCCUGUGCACCUGCGAUCCUCCGGAUGACCAUGCGCUCUGCCAGCAGUCCCAGGACGCGCUCCACGGCCCCCGCUGCGCCCGCCCCGCGCGGCCCCGCACCUGCCUGCAGGUGAUGCGCAGCUGCCGGCGUGACCGCGUGUGCAGGGAGCGCUACCGGACGUUCCAGGCCGCGUGCUGGCCACGGGUCGCCGCCGAGUGCCAGGAGGACGAGACCUGUCUGGGCCUGCUGCACAGGCCGGGCCUCCGCUGCUCGGGGAGCAGGGGCUGCAGGGCUGCCUUCGUGGGGACCCUCGGCACCGCGCUCCACGCGCCCUGCACCUGCCAGGCCGCCGCCCAGAGCCAGGAGCUCCCGUGCCGGGCCGUCCAGCACCUGCUCCGGAGGGAGGCCUGCUUCCGAAGCAGCGUAGGGCAGGAGGGCGUCUGUGGGAAAGGACUGAAGCGCUCACCAGCCCAGAGGAUCGCCUGUGCCGGUGAAGCGACCCUGAGCGUGUUUCCCCGGUGA